UGGCGCAAAACAAUAUGGAUUGAAAUUGAGAAGGAAGAAUGGAAAUGAUGACUAUGAAUAUGUUCUAAAGGUGAGGGGAAUGACACUUAAUUAUGACGUUAUGAACAAUCAGAAUCUAAGAUAUGAAACCUUUAAAGAUACUGUUAUUAAUUUUGUUAAAAAUGGUGAUCGUGACCCUAUAUGUGUAAUCUACCCCAAUUUUUUACGCCCUUCAGUUGUAAAUAGUUCCGUUACCUCCCAACCCUUUCAUAAAAUGUAUAAACCUUUUGUCGGCAAGGGCAUCAUUUGCCCGAGCGAUUUCUCUGUAUUAAAUUUCGGCUAUGUAUCACAAUAA